CUACACAUAAUAACCCGGAACUGAAGUCACGUCUGUAAACUCUACAUGUGUUGGUUGUGGCUGUGCGUUUAGUGUACAUAUUCAGUCAAAUAGCUGAUAGAUGACCUAACUGGAUUUACAAUAAAGGAAUAUUUCCAUCAUUGCUGUGCUGAUCACGGGCUGAUUAUUAAUACUAUUAGAAACUUGCUGGAAAUGUGCAUAUUAUCCUCUGCAAGCCAACAAGAAAACUUUCAGACUGUCAGUCAGUGAAGUACAAGAUGAAAUGGCAAAUUUGAGAGCUAAAUCUUGAAUCAUUAUUAUUUCUGACAGUCUCCUCCGAACCAUUAGACGCCCUUGUGUUAAUUCGGGAGCUGGGAUGUUGCGGCGUCCCAAGCCCACGGACAGCGAGGCGGAUCUGCUCCGGGAGCAGCAGGAGCUUCUGGCGGCGGGCGGUCAGUCCACUGUCGCUGUAGUGAAGCGCCCUGAUAAACGCAGAGGAGACGCUGCCGCAGCUGAUGCACAGGAUCAGAGAAACCAGAGAGAUGUUGUGACUAUAGAAGAUCUUCCAGAUGAGCUUCCCUCCUUGACCCCUGCACCUCCAAAGAAGUCACGCUUCAAACAGGAGCGGGUGCGUUUUGAAGAUGAGGACCCAGGAGAGCGACUGGACAGACAUGAUACCCACAUCAGUGCUGUCCUAUCUAGAAUCAUUGAGAGGGACACGAGUGCAGUACCUGUGUCGCUCCCGUGUAUCACAGGCGCUGCUUUCCCUAAAGUCUUACAUAGAUCUGUAAUGGGAAGUGAGGGGCAGGAAAGAGCUCCUAAAGGAAGAAAAAGUAUUUUUGCACGUCAAAUUGCAGCACAAAGGGCUAAGGAAGAUGUUCAGUCUUUAAAUUGUUCAGAGACUAGAGAUCAGUCUUCUGCAUCUAGACAUGUGAGCUUCUCACCAUUGCAGAAUAUGGAGACUGAGCGACCUGAGUCAAAUGUAAUGGACCGUGUUGGUGGCCCUGUGCUACUUACGGGUCAAGGACUUGGGAUUGCAAAUAGUGGCAUGGAGACAAUGAAAAUCCAUGAGGAGAAUCAGACAAAGUUGCAGGCGAUGUCCCAGAGUGAGAUCCUGGAGGAACAGAGGAAGCUGCUGGCACAGCUUGGCCCUAGAUUAGUAGACUUCGUGAGAUCUCGAAAGGCACAGAGAACCCCAGGAUCUGAGUCAGCGUCUGGUCCUGUGCAAAGAGAAGACUUCCUGAAUGAACCUCUGCCUAACAGCACGUCUCCACAGUUAGACCACACAAUAAAAGCUCAGGAGUCUCAGAGGGAUACCAUGGAGGAUGAUGAGGAAGAUGAGAAUCAGCUUGUAGCUCAACCUCCAAUUACAGAGGAGGAGCUGCCAAUCAAGCCUCAAAAGGAAUGGCUUCACAUGGACAAGGUGGAGCCAGAAAAACUGGAAUGGACAAGAGACCUUCCUGCACCCAGGGAGCAGAGCACCAAUAAGGCUAUGCAAGCACGUUUUGAUUUUACUGGCACUCUCAUCCCAUCCACCAAAGACUUGCCCACCCAUUUAGGCUUGCAUCACCAUGGAGAGGAGCCAGAGCUGGCUGGCUACUCGCUGCAAGAGCUUUUCCUCCUCUCUCGCAGUCAGCUGAACCAACAGCGCAAUCUGGCCGUCAGCACUCUCGCUAAUGUCCUGGCCAAAGCCCGGGCUGGUGAGUACAUUUCCUCUCUGAAGGGCAGCGUCUUGUCUUCUUUACUGGAUGCUGGAGUCCUCUUUCUUCUGCGGUUCUCCCUGGAUGACACUGUGGAGGGUGUGAUGUCAGCAGCUGUGCAUGCCUUGCGAGCUCUGCUGGUUUCAUCUGACGAUGAAGAGUGCUUGGAUAAUGCUUUCUCAUGGCUGCUCGGGAUGGCAACCUUUCCUUUACUGCCCACUGCUCAGGAGGAUGAGGACGAGGAUGAUGAAGGCUUGGAUGAGACCAUGAAAGAAACUACUAAAGAGAAAGAAGAAAAAAAAACAGAUCAUGAUGUUGCUAGGCAGGAUGUUGUCAAGGGCUUUCUGAAGAUGCAGGGUCUUCCUCGGCUGCGGUAUAUCCUGGAGGUGGUGCGGCCCUCACCCCGGGUUGUUCUUGAUAUUCUGGAGGUUCUGAUCCGAAUCGCUCGCCACUCGACUACUGCAGCAACACAGAUCCUGGACUGUCCGCGGCUAAUGAACACUGUGAUUGCUGAGUUUCUUCCCUGCUCCUGGGCUCCUGCCACCUCACAGGCUCCAUCCUCUUUGUAUGGGCUCCCUGUUGCCUUGGCAAUGAAGCUGCUUCGUGUUUUAGCAAGUGCUGGGAGGCAUGCUUGUGCUAGAAUACUUAACUCUCUAGGAGGGAAGGAGGUUUUGUCACGUUUUGUGGUUGUGGAACCAUCAGAGAUGUUGCUGGAAGCAGGUGAAGCUCUUCGCUGCAGUACAGAGGUGCUGAGGCUGUUCGCAGUGGCUGCCAGCUACGGACAGGCUUGCAAUCUGUACACGGACCUGUAUCCUGUGCUGGUGAAGAGGUUGCAGGCUGGGAACUGGCGGUGUGCUUCAUCUGAGGCUGUGCUGCUUCUGGAGCUGGACCCAAUCAGAGCUCUGCUCGUGCUGCUGACUCAGGUCACUCAAACGGCAGGAUGCCAUGAAGAACUGCAGAGAGACCUAGUCAGUGCUCAGGGUGCAGAGUGUCCUCCACCUCCUCCGGUUGUGUGGAGUCAUGUGACGGGUCUCCAGCCCACUGUCAUUAGCUCUCUCAAGGGCUGUGUGAGAGCACUCGAUGGCCCAGCUCAAAUGUCAAGUGCUCUGAUUCUGCUUCCAUCCUACCUGCUCUACAUGGAGGCGUAUUAUUCACAGCUCUGUGUACAAAGCUCUUUCCAGCCGGUACAGUGUCUACAGGAACUCGAGUCACUAACUUCAGACGUGCUUCUGCCACUGAUAUCCCAUCAGGCCAUGCAAAAUAUAACCAGCUGCUUUAGGUCCAGCUCUAUGAUCUGUAACCCCGGGCUGAGUGCGGCUGGUGGGGAGGUCGUCUCCAGUCUGCCAGGUCUGGGCUGCUCGAGGAUGAAGACCUCCAGCACAAUAGCAGGGCCCAACUCCCCUCUGUCUCUCCCUACUGCCCUCCUGUACCUGCUGAACACCAUCACCUCCAUCCACAAAGGCUUACUAAAGAAGUUCAGUCCUCUCAUCCUCUCGGACUCUGUACUGAGUUAUCUGCGGUCUUGUAUCGGAGCCAUGCCCUCUGUUUCUCACAUGAGUGCCUGGAUUUCAUGCCACGAGCACCACCUGCUGUAUCUGCUGCUCAGACUGGCUCACAAGCUGGUUCCAGUUGACCCAGAGGUGGCCAAACACGCCACCUUGUUCCACCAAGUAUCGCUGGCUCUAGUGUCCUGGCUGCUGCCUGGCAGUGAAUAUCAGGCACAUGAACUCAUGUCUUUCGUGACCUUCAGUCACAGCCUCCUUCCGGAGGGCAUCUGUGGUGAACCAGAGAUGGCUGCAUUGGCUGAGCUGCAGCUUAAAGACAGGACUUCACUUGCCGUUGGUGCUCUGCUGCGUGACGCUCUCCAUCAUUUGCCCUCCAUCCGCGGUUGUUACCUCACCCACCUUGCACACAUGGAAUCCUCUGUCCUUUCGUCUCGUGACCGGUACCUCGGCCGAACGCCUUUUGUCAGCUCUCAUCUCCUACCUGAACUUACCGGCCCCUCCCUGCCUUCUGAUUGGCCCUUCUUACCGCUCAUAAGUCUCUAUGAGCGAAUGGGGCUGUCAGCUGGUGGUGGGCAUCAGGUUGAGUCUCUUCCAGCAGGGUCAGUGCAGUCAGUCACUAACUGCCUUCAAUGGCUGCUUGUUCUGGAGAGUUGGCGAGAGCAGGCGCUCACGGCGGUGCCACCAGUGGCAAAGUUAGCCCGGCUAGCCUGUGUCUUUCUGUGCUCCAGUGACCUCUUCCUGGAGCAGCCUGUGCAAGAGCUUACUUGGGCGCUGUUUCGCAGGCUAACACGGCCAGCUCAGCUUGAGGCGCUGGAUCUGGGCUCACCUCCACCAGGCUUGGCUUCCUUUCAUGACCUAUACUCGGCUCUGCUGGCGCAGUAUGAGGCGGUGUCAUUCGGUGACCCACUCUUUGGCUGCUUCAUGCUUUUGCCUCUACAGCGGUGCUACAGUGUCACCAUGAGGCUGGCUGUGUUUGGAGAACAUGUUGGAAUGUUGCGAUCGCUGGGGGUCCCGCUACAGCAGCUGCCUAUUCCACUGGAGAAGUUCACGUCCCCCAUGGAAGACUCCCUUCCUCUGUUGCGGCUGUAUUUUCGAGCACUAGUAACUGGAGCUCUGAAGAGGAGCUGGUGUCCUGUACUUUAUGUGGUGGCUGUUGCCCACCUGAAUGCGUUUAUCUUCUCCCAGGAUGCAGUGGCAGAGGAGGUGGAGGCGGCAUGUCGGAACCUGCUGAGAAAGACCUACUACCUGACAGAUGAGGUGUUAAAGAACCACCUGCUUCUUUUUCAGCUGCCCCAGCAGAAUUCAGAGCUGGGCUUCAGCAUCUAUGAACAGCUGCCCCCCAUUCGUGCCCGCAGGUUGGAAAGCAUUGUGGGAACAGAAGUAAAGGGGGGAGAAAGGUGAAAAAGGAAAAAUCCUGUCCCACAGUUUUGUAUGUGAUUUGUAAACUACCAUCCUCAUAUCUGUGGUUUUUGGCCGGUUAGGAACAAGUUGCUACCAUAGACUUUAAAAUAAACAUUUCGUUUCUUGUG